AUUGCCUUUUCACAAUUACAAAACAACGAAAAAAUUAUCAAAAACAUCUUUACAAACUCCCAAGUUGCCAAGGAAUUGUUGAAUGUUUAUGAAUCACUUAUGAUCCUCGUAUUAACUGUCGUAGAUGAAGUAUUGCUAUAACGAGCAUCAUGUCCAGUUUAUCUAUACAGAUCAGUGAGCUGUAGGGUGGUUUAGGGGCGUUUUCUGGGAGUGUCAAAGGCCUGGUAAAAGGUCAGGGUCAAUAAAAUUGUUUUUUUUUUGGAAAGAAUCAAAACUUCACAAAUGACUGGUUUUCGAACGAGAAAUUCCUGUUUUACAGGAUACGCUAUGUUUUUUCAAUUUCAUGUAAAUGAAUUGUGCGUUGUUUUCGUCGAUAAUGAUCCGGUGGCUCGCUGCAAAAACAGUUAUAGGAAGUCUCAGUUAUGCUGCAAUCGGUCAAAAAAUUCCUCGAAGUCAAAAUAAAUCUACGAAAUGUUGCAAGGUUUCGUUGUGUCCUCGUGGAAAAUACCGCUAAGGCUGGAUGUUCGAGCAAUCGAGAACUACCACAGCUAGAAAGUGAUAAACAUCAAUUGCAUUUCAAUGAUAGUAGAUUAUCCACUGAAUCUAAAUCGUCUUCUGAUAUCCUAAAAGCGUUUGUUAUACUGAAAUUGUGUACCAUUAAUACUUUAGUUGACAAUAGCGAAAAGCUGCUUGCAUGGUGCAAAGGAAUAUUUGGUGAUCAAUUUUAUGAGAAGAUUAUAAAGAGAACUAUUUACAAGCAGUUUGUAGCUGGUGAAACUGAGCAAGAUGUCAAAUUUAUUGCAUCAAACUUGCAAAAAUCCAACAUUAAUUGUAUGUUUUGUAUUCCAUCUGAAGACAUAACAGCUGAUAACUUAUUACUGAAUGCACAUGAUGUAGAGCUUCUAUAUGAUACAAACCUCAAUUUGAUGUUGGACUGUAUUGAUAUCACAGCUUCUCUUGGAUGCUUUGCCCAAACAAAAAUAACUCCAUUCAUCAGUUCAGAUGCCGUGAGAGAAGUAACAGAUUUGCUUUCUGACUACAAAGUAAACCACGACAAGAGGCCCUCUGAGCUGAGUGUCACAACUUGGUCAAAAGCACUUGAUUCAAAUCAUGAGUCCAAAUUCCUUCCCAACUGUAAUAGUGCAACAAACAAGCAUGUUAAGAAAUCUUUAACAAGAUUGGAUAAUCUAGCUAAUCAUGCUCAAGAACGAGGAGUAAAAUUGAUGUUAGAUGCUGAAUAUCUGAGUCUUCAAGCAGGCAUGGAUUUAAUCAUUCUGGCUAUGCAACAGAAAUAUAAUCAACAAAAUCCAAUUGUUUAUAACACAUAUCAAUGUUACAGAAAGGACACACCAGCAAGGAUUCAGAAUGACGUAGAAUACGCUGAAAAGCACAACUUCAAGAUUGCUUGCAAACUAGUGCGAGGUGCUUACAUGGAACAUGAGCGCGAGAGAGCAGCAAAAUAUGGCUAUGAAGAUCCCAUCUGCGAUAGUAUUGAAGAAACAGAACGUAAUUAUAAACUUGCAACGGACCUGAUGCUACCAUUAGUUGCCAAAGGAAAAGCUGAGGUGAUGUUUGCAACACAUAAUGAAGAUUGUGUUGAAUAUGGCGUCAAACGAAUAAAGGAACUCGGUGUAAAACCUGAUGAUGGUUCCGUCUCUUUUGGCCAGCUUUAUGGCAUGUGUGACCAUGUCAGCUACGGAUUAGGAAAUGCUGGUUUCAUAGUUCACAAGUCCGUCCCCUACGGUACAGUCGAGAGUUCCAUUCUCUAUCUCUUGAGGCGAGCUCAAGAAAAUAAAUCUAUGCUGAAGAGAACAGCGAAAGAAAGCGCCAUUUUACUCAGCGAAAUGAAGCGGAGAGCAUGGAGAAUGUUUGGAUACGUUUAGCUUUAGACGUUUCAAAGUCCAAUCCACGUACGACACGGAUACUCCACGAUAUUUUUCACCCGCAGGCGUUGAGUAUAAAUCCCGUUAAUUCGUUAAAUAAUAAAUAUACCAGUUUUCUAGAAACUAUAUAUAUUCAUUACUUUUUUGUAUAUAAUAUAACCCUAAUAUUUAACCAAGAUAAAUGAAGAUAUUUCAUAACUUUAUACUUAAAUAUUUUCAAUAUUAUAUACCCCCUGAGGCCUGUUCACCGGCGAUCAAAUUUUGUCGGAUCAAAUUCACUUCUGAUGGAUGUUUUAGAGUGUGUUGAGUCUUGACUUGCAAUGUAUUUGGGCAGCAAAUCAACUAAAGUCGACACAGUAUUUCCUUAGCAGUAACACACUACAUUCAGGGUCGCCAGAUUACUGAAAAAAGAAGCCAAAACAUUGUUGUAGUCGGCCCUUUGAUUUCUUUGUUUGAAA